UGCUCCUCGAUGCUAUAGAUGAAUCUAAACAGCAAAAUAAUAAUAAUCAUCAUUUUAUCGGCGGUGCAAAAUGUGAUCAUCUCUGCCUUGUGUCCACAUAAUCCGAUUGCUAAUUUUGGCAGGCCCCAGACUCCAACUGAUACUGAUUUCUGUAAUCUUCAACCUAAAACAUGUGAUAAGGACUCGAAAUAUCGUUCUCUAGAUGGAUCUUGUAAUAACUUAAUUAAUCCGUAUUUCUGCUUAGCCAAUUACAAGUUCGCACGUAUCUUGCCAGCAAAAUAUAGCGAUGGAAUAAGUCAACCAACAAGAUCUGGAACCGGAGAACCAUUACCAAAUGCUAGGCUUAUUUCGCUGUCAUUAUUUGGAGAACAGUAUGUUGAAGAACGUGAUUUGACACUCAUGAAUAUGGAAUGGGGUCAAGUUAUUUCUGGAGACAUAAGUCGCAUAGCUAGAGGAACUUCUUCAAGUAAUUACGUCCCAUGCUGUACUUCUGAUGGUCAUUACGUUGAACAAAACCGUGAAAUAUGUUUCAAUCUUGACAUUCCACCGGAGGAUCUGGUUAACAUAAAAGCCAGCAGGGAAUGUAUGGAAUUUGUCAGAACUCUAACUGAUAGAGAUUCCAACUGCAAUUACAAAGGUGGACCAGUGGAACAAUUGAACGCAGUCACAAGCUAUUUGGACAUGUCCAUUUUGUAUGGAAACACCGAUGAUGUAAAUCGUGGAAUUCGUGCAUUCAAAGGAGGUCUAUUGAUUGUCGAUCAGCGAAAUGGUCAAUCAUGGCUUCCAAAGAAUCCCAACUCUACAGAAGUAUGCAAUGUCGAUAGUGAAAACGAUGUUUGUUAUAAAACGGGUGAUAUUCGAGUUAACUCGGCUCCAGGCAUAUCAGUUCUGGAAACUAUAUUCCUAAGGGAGCACAAUCGAUUGGCUGAUGAAUUAGCCAAAUUGAAUCCGCAUUGGUGCGAUGAAGAGUUGUUCCAGGAAGCUAGAAAAAUCCUUAUAGCACAACUUCAACACAUCACCUACUACGAGUUGUUACCAAUCUUCUUGGGGCGGGAGAAUAUGCUGAAGAAUAAGCUGAUUUAUGAUGUGCCACCUGAGAGCCAUGUCAAUGAUUAUAAUCCCGGUGUUGAUGCGACAACUCUUAACGAAUUCACUACUGGAGCUUUUAGACACUUCCAUACAGUGGUCGCAGGGAGAUUAAAUCUUGUUACGGAGGUGAGAAAUUUAAAGGGUUCCCUGCGUGUAAGUGAUUGGUACAACCGUCCUGGAAUAAUCGAGGUUGAAGAUAACUUUGACAUGUUAUGCAGAGGUCUGGGGUCACAACCGCAACGACAAGCUAGUGUUGACAACGAGUUGAAAAAUUUCCCCUUUAAAAAGAAUAUGUCCUCAGCUGGUUUAGACAUGCGGGCGAUAGAUAUUCAUCGUGGGCGAGAUCACGGUUUAGCUUCGUACAACGAUUUUAGACAAUUCUGUGGCAUAAAACGAGCCAAAAAUUGGGAGGAUUUUAAGGAUCUUAUAAAUACCCAAAGCAUUGAAGGACUUAAAAAAUUGUACAAAAGUCCUGAAGACGUUGAUCUCAUUGUUGGUGGAGCUUUAGAAUAUAACGUGGAAGGAACUUUGGCUGGUCCAACAUUUUUAUGUAUUUUGACUGAACAAUUUUAUCGAACUCGUGUUGGUGAUCGGUUCUUUUUUGAAAAUGAUAAUCCAACGAUUGGUUUUAGAAAAGAUCAACUAAGGGAAAUUCGGAAAGCAACUGCAGCUCGAUUAAUGUGUGACAAUGGAAAUCGAAUUCAGACAAUGCAACCUAAGGCGUUUAUUAGUGUUUCGAAAACGAACCCAAUCGUACCAUGUGAAGAACUUCCGAAAAUCGACCUAUCUAAAUGGAGUGAUGGUGAUAAGAAUUAA